GUUUUAAAUGCACAGAGAGCUGGGUACAAGGCGGCUAUAGUUCACAAUGUUGAUUCUGAUGACCUCAUAAGCAUGGGAUCCAACGACAUUGAGAUUUUAAAGAAGAUUGACAUUCCUUCUGUCUUUAUUGGCGAGACAUCAGCUAAUUCUCUUAAAGAAGAAUUUACUUAUGAAAAGGGUGGCCAUGUUGUGUUAAUCCCAGAGUUCAGUCUUCCUUUGGAGUACUACUUAAUCCCUUUCCUAAUAAUUGUAGGGAUCUGUCUUAUUCUCAUCGUCAUAUUUAUGAUCACAAAAUUUGUGCAAGACAGACACAGAGCAAGAAGGAACCGACUUAGGAAGGAUCAGCUUAAGAAACUUCCUGUACAUAAAUUUAAGAAAGGAGAUGAAUACGAUGUAUGUGCCAUUUGUCUGGAUGAAUAUGAGGAUGGAGACAAGCUCAGAAUCCUUCCAUGUUCUCAUGCGUAUCACUGCAAGUGCGUGGACCCCUGGCUGACAAAAACAAAAAAAACAUGUCCCGUAUGUAAACAGAAAGUGGUCCCUUCUCAGGGGGACUCUGACUCUGAAACAGACAGUAGUCAAGAAGAGAACGAAGUAUCUGAAAAUACUCCUUUGCUUAGACCAUUAGCCUCAGUUAGUACUCAGUCAUUUGGGGCUUUGUCAGAAUCUCAUUCCCAUCAGAACAUGACCGAGUCCUCAGAAUAUGAGGAAGAUGACAAUGACAAUAUUGAUAGCAGUGAUGCAGAAAAUGGAAUAAAUGAAGAAAGUGUAGUGGUUCAACUACAGCCCAAUGACGAAAGCGAGUACAGAGUGGCAAAUACUGUUUGAGACUACUAAUGAUGAAUAGUGUAUGAACAAAAGAGUUCUUAAGGCUAUACUUUACAAACCUUUAUGUAGGGAGUAUAUUUUAAUCUGUAAUCCAUUUGGUUUCUUCAAUAGGAGCAGCAGUUCAUGUAGUGGUACUAUUGUUAGAUCAUUACUGAUAGAUUUAUUUUUGAUUCAGGUAUCAGUCACACGUUCUGUCUUCUCAAAAUGAAAAGUUUAACUGGACUUCACGAUGUUAAUGAAUAAUGUUAAUAGUUUAUAUAAAUAGAAAUAUCACACAGACUCUAAAUGUAUCUUGUUGAAAUGGGAUUUAUCUGGAAGUAAGUUUUUUCCAUUUUGUAGCUACAACCGGGUCAUACCGAUAGCAAUAUUUAUUACAUGUAUGGUAUGUGUUACCCCUUAAGCCCAACAAAAAAUGUAUUUGCAUGUUUGUAGAGUUUUUCUAAAAACUGUCACCACUACUGAAAGAAAAGUGUAGAACAGACCAAUAUUCUAUGUGCUGGUAUAUCAGAACAAAGCAGAAGAAAUUCCACUUUUAUCUCGAAGCAGCAGUGAUUCCAAAUAAUCCUUUGGAGUUUGCCACAGUAGCUGAGUUUAAGCAGUUCUAUUGAGCGAAUCCUAGGAUGAGGAAACUUAGAAUAUACAUUUAGUUUUGAGCAGUUCACAAGGUAAGAUCCACCAUAAGCACAUUACUUAUACCUACUUGCUACUACAAUGUAGUCUGAUUUCCAGUGAUGAUGUGGGAGUUGGGCAGGGGUGCGACCAAAACAGAGGUUUUGUUCCACAUAGAAAAAUAAUUUUAGGUAAGUAUUCUAUUGAUCCUCAACUCAUAUACCUCUUACUAAAGAGCAUUUUAUGCUGCAUUAGUCUGCUAAACUAUGUAUAUAAAAAAAUUGUUCUUUUCAAAUACCUGAUUUGAAAACAAGUGCU